AUGCCUCGGGGCUUCCUGGUAAAGCGAACUAAACGGACAGGCGGCUCGUACCGAGUGCGCCUAGCAGAGCGGGUCUUCCCCCUGCUGGGGCCCCAGGGGGCGCCGCCCUUCCCCGAGGAGGCUUCCAGUGCCCCUCAGCCCGGUGCGGAGCGGGCGGGACCCCCAACUCCGGAGGAGGAAGCGGCCCGCGAACUGUCGGGGUCGUCCUGUCGGGCGGCUGGGGUGAGCCCAGGGGCGGGCGGGCGGGAAGGCGCGGAGUGGAGGGCGGAUGGCCGGGAGGGUCCCGGGCCCAGCCCGAGCCCCACGAAGCCGACGGGCGCGGACCUGCGCCGGGCGUUCUUGGAGCGCUGCCUCAGCUCGCCGGUCUCCGCUGAGUCCUUCCCCGGGGGCACCGCCACCGUGGCCGCUUUCUCCUGCUCGGUGGCGCCAGCAGUAGCACCGACCUCGCGGGAGCAGUUCCUGCUGCCGCUCCGGGCACCGUUCCCGGACCCCGCGCUCCAUCCGGACCCCGCGCCCCUCGCGGCCUCCCUGCACGGCCUGAAGCGGGCCACCGGCGGCGAGCGCUGCGCCAAGGCACCUCCGGCCUGCGCGUCUGGGCCCGCGGCCGCCGGGGUCAAGAAGCCAAAGGCCAUGAGGAAGUUGAGCUUCGCCGAUGAAGUCACCACGUCCCCUGUGCUGGGCCUGAAGAUCAAGGAGGAGGAGCCCGGAGCGCCGUCCCGGGGCCUGGGGGGCAGCCGCACGCCGCUGGGGGAGUUCAUCUGCCAGCUGUGCAAGGAGCAGUACGCGGACCCCUUCGCGCUGGCUCAGCACCGCUGCUCCCGCAUCGUGCGCGUCGAGUACCGCUGUCCCGAGUGCGACAAGGUCUUCAGCUGCCCUGCGAACCUCGCCUCCCAUCGCCGCUGGCACAAGCCGCGUCCCGCAGCGGCCAAUGCCGCCACAGUCUCCUCAGCCGACGGGAAGCUGCCCCCUUCGUCGAUCUCGUCCUCCCCGGAUUCCGGGGCUGUUGCUGCACCUUUCCUGGCGGAGGGGAAGGAGAACAGCCGGGCAGAGAGAACUGCGGAUCAGCACCCGCAGGCCGGGGACAGCUCCGGGGCGGAGCAGCACCGGGACAGCGCCCCAUCACAAGGCCUCCAGGUGUUGUCCCGCCCCGAGCCUUCGCCGCCUCAGGUCCCUUAUACGGCGGGGGUGUUGGGGCGCCGGGUGCCUGAGCCGGGCGGGGUCAGUGCUGCCGGGGGACCCGAGAUCUUCGUGUGCCCAUAUUGCCACAAAAAGUUCCGUCGCCAAGCCUAUCUGCGCAAGCACCUGGCCACUCACGAGGCGGGCUCGGCCCGCGCUCUUGCCCCGGGCUUUGGCUCCGAACGCGCCGCCCCACUCGCCUUCGCUUGCCCGCUGUGCGGGGCGCGCUUCCCGUCGGCGGACAUCAGGGACAAGCACCGGCUGUGGCAUGCGGUCCGCGAGGAGCUGCUCCUGCCCGCUCUGGCCGGGGCGCCCCCUGAAGCACCGGGCCCAGGAGGGGCGUCCGACGGGAGUGCUCAGCAAAUUUUCUCGUGCAAGCACUGCCCGUCCACUUUUUUUAGCUCCCCGGGCCUGACCCGGCACAUCAAUAAGUGUCACCCCUCAGAAAGUCGGCAGGUACUGCUGCUGCAGAUGCCACUGCGGCCGGGCUGUUGA